CCAAAAGGUCCCAUUCAUGAGAAUUGUCUUUGAAAACUUUUAAUCAAAUCAUGGUUCUUUCGCUUAAUUAUCAGAAUGAUAACCGUAGGACCUCCCCGCAAGGCGGUUUAACGUUGGAUUUUAGUCACAAUUCAGGCAAUCAAUUACUUUCUUAUCAGUCCUUUAAAGACGCUCUUAAAGCUCAAAAACGACAUAUCUUUGAAGUGUCACAAAAUGUUGAGAAUGGUGGUUUCAAACCUCUCAAAGCCUAUUCAACUUUUGUGGAAGCCAAAGAACGAAACUCCAUUGUAAUCGACUGUGUUCAAUUUUUGGGCAUGGAAUUUAAAGACAAGUCUUUACUCAAAAUAUUGCGCGGACAAUUUCCUAAAUGCCUUGGCCUCAAAUCUAGAGUAAUUGAGACGCUCUCCUUAAAGAAUUUUUAGUGAAUGGAAAGAAAAUUGAACUGAACAAGACCCUUGACCAUUUUGCAAUGGUAACCAACAUUGGUAUUUCUGAAAUUCCUCUUAUGGGAAAAGAAGUAUUGAAGACAGCAUUGAUCAAUACCUUUGAACGCUUUGGCGAUAUUUUGAACAUUGGUGUCUCUAAAUGCGCUGACUCCGAUUGGUUCACUGGUCGCGGUUUUGCUACACUUAAUAGGAAUAAAUCAAAAGAAGUAACAUAUACAGCUGAGCUCGGCCCCUCA